AUGUCUUACAGUGAACUUGAACAAGAGAUCAGAUUAGAUGAUAUUGACUUCUCUGAUUUAGAAGCUCAAUACUCUGUAUCUGCCGACUUCGGAUUAGAUAAUUAUAUUGUUGUUGACGGAGCUCCAGUUACUACCGAAAACAAAGUACCAGUUUUAACUAAAGUUUUAAAGAAAUUAUUAAGUACUGCAGGUGAAUUAGCUGAUGGAGAAGAUGGAUUCCAUAUGCCAGUUGAAGAUGGUGAAACUAAAGGUUUCUUAUUCGCUCAAUAUAAAGAACCAGAAUCUGCCAGAAGAGCCAUCAAACAAUUAAAUGGUAAACAAUUAGAUAAGAAACAUAGAUUAUUAGUUAAUGCUUUAACUGAUGUUGAAAAAUAUGGUUUAGAAGGUAAUAUUCCUGAAUCUUUUGUUGAACCAGAAAUCCCACCUUUCAAAGAACAUGGUUACUUAAAAGAUUGGUUACAAGAUGAACAAGGUAGAGAUCAAGCUUUAUUACACUUUUCUGAAACCGUUGGAAUUUAUUGGAACAAGAAGAAGAAUGAUCCAGAACCAGUUAUCGAACCAAGAAAAGGAUUCACUUCUAAAUAUGCCAAAUUUUCUCCAAAAGGUACUUAUUUAUGUUCAAUUCAUCCUCAAGGGGUUCAAACUUGGGGUGGACCAGAAUUCCAAAGUAUGCAAAAAUUCAUUCAUAAUCAAGUCAGAUUAAUUGAUUUCUCUCCAAAUGAAAAUUAUUUAGUUACUUUAUCACCUGUUGGAAUUCAAUUACCUGAAAAUCCUGCUGAAAGAGAACAUUUUCCUUUCAAAGAAGAAAGUAUCGAUCAUAAAUUAGUUGUUUGGAAUUUAAAAACUGGUGAACCAGCCAGAACUUUUGCUUUACCACCUCAUUUAGAAGGACAAAAGGAAAUGCCUUGGCCUUUAGUUAAAUGGUCUUUUGAUGAUAAAUAUUGUGCUAGACAAGGACCAAAUGCUAUUGCCAUUUAUGAAACUCCUUCAUUCCAAUUAUUAAAUAAAAAAUUAGUUGAAGUUGAUUCAAUUGUUGAUUUCGAAUGGGCUCCUUCUGGUGUUCAACUUUCAGGUUCUAAGAGUGAAACCGGUGACCAUGUUUUAUCUUACUGGACUCCUGAAAGUAGUAAUCAAACUGCUAGAGUUGCUUUAAUGCAAAUUCCUUCAACUAAUAUUUUGAGAACUAUCAAUUUAUUCCAAGUUAGUGAUUGUAAAAUGCAUUGGCAUGAUGAAUCUAAAUACUUAUGUGUUAAAGUUGAUCGUCAUACUAAAUCAGGUAAAACUAUCUUCUCCAAUUUAGAAUUUUUCAAAACUACUGAAAGAGAUAUUCCUGUUGAAAAAUUAGAAUUGAAAGAUGUUGUCAUCAAUUUCGCUUGGGAACCAAGAUCAAAUAGAUUCAUCACUAUUUCAAGAUUAGAUGAUGGUAAUAACAAUCCAUCCAUUCCAAAGAAUACCAUUUCUUUCUACACUCAUGAAGAAACUAAUAAAGGUAAAGCUACCUCAUCAAAAUAUAAAUGUUUCCAAAAAGUUGAAGAUAAAUUCUCCAAUAACAUUCUUUGGGCUCCAAAAGGUAGAUUUGUUGUUAUUGCUAACAUUGGUAAAUCUAACGGAGAAAUUGAAUUCUAUGAUUGUUCAUUUGAAGAUGAUAAUAAAGCUAAUAACAAAACUAACAAUAAUAAUGUUAAAUUAUUAAAAUCAGAAAAAUAUGGUGGUAUGACCAAUAUCUCAUGGGAUCCAUCAGGUAGAUUUGUUAGUGCUUGGUCAUCAUCAUGGAUUCAUAAUAUUGAAAAUGGUUAUAAAUUAUUUGAAUUCACGGGUAAUCUUUUAAGAGAUGAUACUAUUGAUCAAUUCAGAGAAUUUAUUUGGAGACCAAGACCUGCUUCAUUAUUAUCAGCUGCUGAUAGAAAGAAAGUUAGAAAGAACUUACGUGAAUACAGUGCUCAAUUCGAUGAAGCUGAUGCUAUGGAAGCUGAUGCUGCUACUAGAGAAGCUAUCUUAUUACGUCGUAGAUUAUUAGAAGAAUGGAGAUCUUAUAGAUCUAAAUAUGCUAAUCAAGCUUCAGAAAAGAAUGAAGUUCAAGCUGAAAUCAUCGAAGAAAUCAAAGAAGAAAUCAUCGAAGAAAGAGAAGAAGUCAUUGAAUAG